AUGGUGAAUGGAACUGACUGCCACGGAUUCUCUUCAGCAAAAACAUGGGACAGUCUUAGACCUCGAUCAACAAUCAAACCGUGGGCUUCCUCAAUCUGGUUUAAAGGUUCUGUCCCAAACCUGAACAGGCUACCAACGAAGGAUAGGCUUCUCAGCUGGGGUCUGAACAUUCAACCGUCGUGCUGUCUCUGUACCACCCACCCUGAGAGUAGAGAUCAUCUGUUCAUCAGUUGCGGCUAUGCGGAAUUCAUAUGGCAUCAUAUAUUGGCGAAGUUGCACCGAUCUCACUUGUUUUACUCAUGGUCAGAGCUUAUGUCUUGGAUCAGACGAACCACCACAGCGUCUCCAACCCUCAAAAUGUUGGCGACACAAGUCACAGUCUAUAACAUUUGGAAGCAGAGAAACAACUGCCUUCACAACGGUACCUAUCUCCCACCGCAAACCAUAGUCAAACUUAUUGAUCGGGAGGUCCGUAACGUAAUCACGGGGAGAAAAGGAAGAAAGCGAUUCCAGAACCUGAUGUCUCAAUGGCUUUCUUAA